AUGGCUUUCUGUGCAGUGUCGGAUAUGGGUGAUGUAGGCUUUGCGAGGCUUAUUUUCGAUCAAAUUGAGAAGCCCACCAUCUUUAAUUGGAACACCAUGAUCAGAGGCUACUCAAAAAGUAACAAUCCUAAAAUGGGUGUUCAUUUCUAUCUUCAAAUGCUAUCAGAAGGAGUUCUCCCCAACAAACAUACCUUCCCUUUUGUGAUUAGAGCUUGCACUGGUUUGGGAUCUCUUUUUCUUGGUAAAUCCAUCCAUAUCCAUAUUGUGAAGCAUGGUUUUGAAAGUGAUUUAUAUGUGAAUAGUGCUCUCAUCAAGCUCUACUCUUCUUGUGGAGACAUUGAAUAUGCUCGCCAGGUCUUCGAUAGAAUGUCCUUUAGGAAUCUAGUGAUUUACUCGAGCCUUGUUAGUGGGUAUUGUGCUUGUGGGCAUGUGGAUGAAGCGCGAGAAGUUUUCAAUGAAAUGAGCGAGAGAAAUGAGGUGGUUUGGAGCGCUAUGAUUUCGGGUUAUGCCCAAAAUGGAUGCUUUCAAGAGGCUAUUGAUCUGUUUCAUGAAUUGAGGGAGACUGAUAUGGUGCCAACCAGAGCCACAUUAGUAAGUGUGCUUUCAUCAUGUGCUGGCAUUGGUGCUUUGGAGGAAGGGAAAUGGGUUCACUCUUACGUGGACCGAAAGGGCUUCGGUUACGGGCUUGAACUUGGAACUGCUCUUGUAGAUAUGUACACGAAAUGCGGAUGUAUUGAGAGUGCGUGUUUUGUUUUUGAUGGGAUGCAUAAGAAAGAUGUGUUGGCAUGGAGUGCUAUGAUAGGGGGAUUGGCUGCACAUGGGCUUAGCAUGCAUGCCUUCGAGCUUUUUGCAAACAUGGAGAGAAGUGGUGUGAAACCAAAUGAAGUGACCUUUAUUGGUAUUCUUGGUGCUUGUAAUCACAGUGGCUUGGUUGAACAAGGAUGGUACUACUUUGAUUUGAUGAGAAGAGUCUACAAAAUUUCACCCACAAUUGAACACUACGGAUGCAUGAUCGAUCUCUUGGGUAGAGCAGGCCAAUUCAUCGAUGCUGAGGAACUAAUAGAAAGUAUGCCCAUGAAGCCUGAUGGUGUGAUAUGGGGAGCUCUACUUGGUGCAUGUAUGAUUCAUGGAAACUCAGAGUUGGGUGAAAGGGUCGGGAAACACCUUAUCGAACUGGAGCCAAAGCAUAGCGGUAGGUAUGUGCUAUUGGGCAAUUUAUAUGCUGCUGAGGGAAAGUGGGAGGGUGUGGUGGAUAUGAGGAAGAUGAUGAGGAAGAGAGGUGUAACAAUCAUUCCUGGCCAUAGCUUCAUUGAGAUUUGUGGGAUUGCCCAUAGGUUUCUAGUGGAUGAUAAAUCUCAUCCUCAAUCCAAUGAGAUUUACCAAAUGUUGGAUCAAUUGACCAAAGAACUAAUUUCACCAAGGUUUGAAAAUCAUAAUGCACUAAGGAUACAUGAAUCUCUUUCUAUUUAG